CGAAAUUGGCCGGAGAAACAGCUGUUCUGUCUGCAAACAGUCGGCCAGUCUACAAAAUUGGCCGGUGAAACAGUUUGUCAUUCCGGCGGUGGGUUCAUCAAACUUUGAAUCAGAGAACAAACAGUUGGUCUGCAGCUUGCCUUUGCUUUCCGCAGGUAACAAAUCUUUCUGGCGGCGGAGAAAAUGUCGUCUUUUAAGUACCCAGACAUCACCCGGGCAGAGAUCGUCGGCUAUCUAGCUCUUUUCGGAUUCGACAUCCCCAUAGGCGAGCAUGAUCUUCUCAAUCCCCCUCUAGAACUGGUCGAAAAUCUCUACACCUUCCUUCUCGGCUACUUGGAUUUGCUCCAGGAGGAUGACGGGCAGGCUGCAUUUGGGGCCUUACAGGUCUUCGACAACCCAGAGCUCCACGCUUCUGCGAUCCCAAUGAUGAAUUUUUAUGAGAAGGUAAGAGGGUUGUUGGGUGCUAUCGAGUGCCCCGAGAGGUUUACACUUAGGGAUUUGAUUAAUCCCGAUCCGGAUCGCACAAAGCUCUUUCUUGGUUCUAUUCUUAACUUCUGCGUGCACAGGAAAGUCAAAAUGGAUGAACUGACAUCAUUAGCAGAUGAGUUGAAUGCUUUCUUUGAGCAAAAAGAAGCGCUAGAGGAGAAAAUAUCCCAGUUGAGUGCAAAGAUUGCUGAAUGCAAUGAAUCGAGAGAGAAGGAGACACCUUUUGUGCAAGAAGAGGAUGCUAAAGUUAGGGGAUUGAAGCAGGCUAUCUCUGGUCUUAACAACCAUCAGCUGACCUUAAAGUCUGAAACAAAGAAGAUGAAGGAGAAGGCACAUGAGUUGGAUGAGCAGAUUUCUAGUGCUGAUUUUGCUUUGUUGGAAAGUGUUCGUGAAAAUGGGGAGUUACGGUCCAAAAUUGUUCAAUCUCCGGACAAGCUUCAGAGGGCCCUAGAGGAAAAAAGGUCUCAACAGGCUGAGGCAAACAAUGCAGAAAGGGCAGCAAUGAAAUCCUUACAGGAUAAGAAUGCUAUUCUUGAGAUGUAUGCAAAGGCUCAGAAGAAAAUGUCUAAAUCGUUGGAGCAGAUGCUAGCUAUACAAGAGCAGGUGAAUUCAGUUAAAUCAUCUGAGAAGGAAAUAAAGGCUCUCAAAACUAAGCAGAGUGAAGAUAAAUUGUUAGACAAAUCACUCGAUGCUAAACUGGUUGAAAUGCAAGGGAAAGGUAGCUCCACCCAUCCACUCUUUGAUUCAUUGUUUUUAUGUUUUUAUUGCACUCACUUAUGAUGUUAUUUGUUGUUGGGAAAGUGGACCACUUGGAAGAAAUGAAAAGGAAAGUAGAGAAAGAAUGUGCACACGCCCGCGAGGAGGCUAUGAAAGAGCUAAACAAAGUGAAGUUUGAAGUCGAGUCGUUUAGGCGUGGUCUUGAGCAGAGGCAAAAACAUGUUGAAACGGUCAUUGCUGAGGGGGAUGCUGUGAAUGCAAAGAUUAACUCAGUGAGAGAGAGUGGAGCAGCCAAGUGCCAGCAAUUGAAACUUAAACUCGAGGAGGUCGAGAAACAGUUUGCAGUGUACUCAUACAAACUCGACAAUGCGUUGAAGCGCUAUGAAACCGAGUGAAUGGACCAAGGUAAGAACCCCCACUGACAACCGAUUGCUCUGUGCAUAAUUCUUCAUCAGCACUCUAUAUAAAACAAGCUGUUUUUGGCAAGUUCUUGACACAAUGUACUCUGUAAGAAAGCACGAGUCCGUAA